AUGACUGUAACAAACAACACCAAGGCGCUCAUUUUGAUUAUGCACCAUAUGAACGAAUCACCUCAACUUGAGUACAUGAAUGAGGAUAAUGUUAGAAACCUAUGGGUAGCGCUUCAAGAACGUUUUGGAAACAUUCGUGACUUCCUCCUUCAGGAUUUAGAAGUGCAAAGGCACAAUCUCCGCUUUUCUGAUAAGAAGACUGUUAUGGAGUACAAUUCAGAAGCUUUCCACAUCAACUCUCUAAUGCAAUUAUGUGGAACGACUAUCACAGAAGCUCAAUUGAUUGAGAAGACCCUCUCUACCAUCCCCGUCUCUGCAUUGAUGGUUUCUAAGAGCUGUCGGAUUGAUGUAACUUCAAGACAGAUUAUAAAGUUUCAUGAGCUGAUCACAACCAUGUCUAUUCCUAUAAAGCAUGACAACAUCCUUGUGAAGAAUUAUGAUUGGUGA